AUUAUAAUAUAAUUGAAGAAAGUUUGUAAACAAUAAACUGUAUUCGUGGCAAAGUAGUGAAAAUGGAUUUUCUUAUUUUUCAUUAUAUAUCGUAGGCUAAUCUUUAAAUAAUUACUUAAAAUAACUCCUUUAUAUCUGUAUUUAAUAUAAAAAAAGUAGUUAAAAUGAUAGUCAAAACAAUACCCAAAGUUUUCUUUGGGUGUUGCGCUAGUUCUUUUUUAAUGGAAAUUAUGAUGGCGAAGAGCCCAAAUUGUGCAAAUCUUGUAACAUUCCUACAAUUUCUUUGUAUAACUAUUCAAGGACUAUUUACUAUUAAACACAAUGUGUUAACUCCGAAUAUACCGUUGAAACAAUAUUUUUUGCUCAUUAGUUUAUUUUUUAUUACAAGUGUAGCAAACAACUAUGUGUAUGCUUUGCAUGUGCCUUCUACACUGCAUAUGAUUAUCAGAUCUGCAUCAUCACCAGCCAGUAUGUUCGUCUCGUGGUUUAUCAAAAAGAGAGUGCCAAAACUUAAUUCCAUUCUCGGAUCAAUAAUAAUCUCAAUUGGUGUGACCACAGCUAUGUAUGGAGGGGCCUCUAUAGUGGAAGAAAAAGGGGAGUUUUUACCCUGGUGUAUUGGUGUUUUUAUAUUACUGGCAACACUGUUUACUGGUGCCCUGACUGGCCUGCAGCAGGAAAUGCUGUAUGCGAAGUAUGGAAAAUAUCCGGAAGAGAUGCUUUUCUACACACACGCAAUACCACUGCCUCUGUUCCUUGGGAUUCUUCCACAACUAAAUUCCACUAUACUCAGUCUUCCGAUAAACGUCUGGUUUAUCCUAGUUUUAAAUCUAGUUUCUCAGUUCUAUUGUUCUCAUUCCGUCCAUGAAUUAGCAACUAAGGAAACGUCUGUUACUGUAACAUUUAUCUUAACCGUGAGGAAAUUUGUUUCUCUGUUAAUUUCGUCCAUAGUGUUUAAGAACAGUUUGACUCUAUAUCAUGUGGUGGGGACCGUGUUUGUGGUCAUCGGAACUUAUUUCUAUUUCGACUUUUUUGUGAGGAAAAAACAGGAACCAGUUAGCUUUAAGAAGGAAAAUUAAUGCAUUCCAAGACUUGAUAUGAAAUAUCAUUAUUAUAAUUUAUUUAAGAGGUAAUUGUUGCAUGUUUCUCGAAUUUUAUUAUGAAUGUAUAUACAUGGUUACAGAAAUUUAAGUAUUAUUUAUGUAAAAAUUAUAUUUGACCAUAGCAUAUUUAUA